UCCACCUUAAGAACCCCCUCCCUCCUCAUCCCCUCUCCACUAGAAUGACGUCACACUGGAUACAGGGAUCAGAUAAAUGUGCUUAUGGAGCAACUGUUGAGCCACAAGAGCACCAGAGGGGAUCUGCAGAACAGCUCCCAGAGCCUUCAAGUGGCUGCACUAGAAAGAGUUGGGAAAAAUGGCUUACACUGUAACCCUCGCUGGACCCGGCCCGUGGGGAUUCCGUCUGCAAGGAGGAAAGGACUUUAACAUGCCCUUGACCAUUUCUAGAGUUACACCAGGCAGUAAAGCAGCACAGUCCAAUGUAAACCAGGGAGACAUGGUGGUGGCUAUUGAUGGAGUAAACACAGAUGGCAUGACACACUUAGAAGCCCAGAAUAAAAUUAAGUCCGCUAGCUACAAUCUGAGCCUCACUCUACAAAAGUCGAAACGUCCAGGACCAGUUCCAAUAGCCACACCACGUAUAGACUCUCCAUUGCCAGUAAUCCCUCACCAGAAGGUCAUAGCCAACAGUGUUACCAAUCCUGAGUUUGUGGAAAGAUUCAACCCCAGUGUCUUGAAGGACUCAGCCCUGUCCACCCACAAGCCCAUUGAGGUGAAGGGUCCUGGAGGCAAAGCUACUAUUAUUCACGCCCAAUAUAACACCCCAAUCAGCAUGUAUUCCCAGGAUGCCAUUAUGGAUGCUAUUGCAGGUCAAGCACAGGCCAGAGGCAGUGAUCUUACGGGUAACCUCCCAGUUAAAGAUCCUCAUGUAGACAUUGCUUCUCCAGUAUAUCAGGCUGUGCUUAAAAAUAAGGUCAAAGUUGAUAAUGAUAUUGAUGAUGGGGCACGUCGUGCUGCCAACCUGCAGUCCAAGUCAUUCCGUGUCCUUGCCCAGUUGACAGGAACAGAAUACAUGCAAGACCCUGAUGAAGAUGCUCUGAGAAGAUCAAGCGUCAAGGAAAAUGCUCCAAAAUCUCCUGAGGCAAGACUUACAGACACAUCAGUGCCACAAAGCGCCACUUGUAAGGUUUGGCAACCUACUAAGUCUUCAACUAUGAAUGUCAAUUCUACCCAAACAAAUGCAAUGCCUGGCAGAGGCUAUUCCGUGAGGUUUGGGGAUGACCAAAGUCCAAAGCAACCCACUCAUACCAGCCAGAAAGUAUUUAAACCCUCACCCCCUGUUACAUCCUCUUAUAAAAGUAGCCCAGCUGAGCAUUCACCAGCAUCAGCCAGUGUUGACUUUGUAAACGUGCAAGCUGCUUCUGCACAUCAUACCGCUACUGCUGAGCAAUACAUAUCCCAGCACACAGUCUCACCGCUUCCAGCUGCUGCUCCGUCCUAUGUCCCGCCUGCUGCUUUUUCACCUUCCAGUGAGAGAGCACCUACAGCCGCCACCAUCUCUCCUUCACAAAUCAAACCCAACCAGGCAGCUAAGAACUUGUCCACUGCAGCCUCCACUAUUUCUUGUGCCAUAUCAGCUCAGUCUAGCCUUCAUCAGCAAGCAUCCUUUUCUUCCAGCUACCAGUCAAAAAUGAGUUCUUCUAGCCAAGCUUAUUCUUCAGUCAGUGCUGCCAAAGGUCCCAUGCCUUAUGGAGGGUAUAAUGAACCUUCAGCUCCUGCUGCCAAGCCCCGAGUAGUGACGACUGCAAGUAUCAAACCAUCUGUGUAUCAACCAAGCCAAGGUCCCUCUCCAUGCUAUGCUCCACCACCCACCACUGCUUACUCAGCACCACAGCAAGAGCCUGCCAACCGCCCUCCAUGGGUAACCGAUGAAACCUUUUCUCAAAAAUUUGCACCAGGAAAAUCUACAACCACAGUUACAAAACAGAUCCUGCCAAAAGCAGCACCUCCUCCACCUGCUCCAAUCCCCACUCCAAGCUAUACUCCUCAGCCCCCUAGCCAUCCACCAGCACAAGCACCAAGGGGGCUGAUUCAGCGUGCUGAAAGAUUUCCAGCAAGCAGCAGGACCCCUCUUUGUGGACAUUGCAACAGCAUCAUUAGGGGUCCCUUUUUGGUGGCCAUGGGUCGAUCAUGGCAUCCAGAGGAGUUUAACUGUGCCUACUGCAAGACUUCCUUAGCUGAUGUGAGCUUUGUUGAGGAGCAAAAAAGUGUCUACUGUGAACGAUGCUAUGAGCAGUUCUUUGCUCCAACCUGUGCCCGCUGCAACACUAAAAUUAUGGGGGAAGUGAUGCAUGCCCUGAGGCAAACAUGGCACACCACCUGCUUUGUCUGUGCCGCUUGCAGAAAGCCAUUUGGUAAUAGCCUCUUCCAUAUGGAGGAUGGAGAGCCAUACUGUGAGAAAGAUUACGUUACUCUGUUCAGUACAAAAUGCCAUGGAUGUGAUUUUCCUGUUGAAGCAGGAGACAAAUUCAUUGAGGCCCUUGGACACACUUGGCAUGAUACCUGCUUUAUCUGUGCUGUUUGCCAUGUUAAUUUGGAAGGCCAGCCAUUCUAUUCCAAGAAGGACAAACCUCUGUGCAAGAAACAUGCCCAUGCUAUCAACGUCUAAAGAGUGUAACAAAAUUUUAUGCUGGGAACUGACAACUCCCAAAAAUGUCAUAACACCAAAUGUUGUAACUUUAAAAAGUACUGCAUGCUACAAUGCAGUUGAAAUCUGUAUAACACAAUUGUGCGAAAAAAAAAAAACGAAAAAAAAAAACACAAUACAUGAAAUUUUAGAAAUCUAUGUAAACUUAAAGCCGAACUAACUGGUAUGUAGCCACAUGAAUGUGAUGUUUUUGUUAGGCAAGAACAUUACGUCAAACCUGCACCAAGGCCUUGAAGUUUGAAUGAUAAAAUAAUUUAUUUUUUACUGUUAAUCGGCAUUGUGGGAGUGAUAUUUGGCCUCUUUUCCUACUACUGUAGUAUUGGUCUCUGCUGGUUUAUUCAUUAUCCUUAGACACACUGAAAAAAAAACUAGAAUGUUUCCAAGACUAAUGAAAAAAACAUUGCGCUUCUCUGGAAAGCUCAUUACAAAGAAUAGUGUGUAAUAUUGAAAGAAUAUUAGUGAUACCAUUCAGCUGUAGGUCUAUGAUAUACCCAGAAUGACAUCUGGUUAGGAUACCUGCUAGGUUGGGGGGUCCAUGAGUGACAGUGAUUACAUAAAAUGUGCUAAACCAAGGACCUUGUAUACAUCCUCUGCCCUAGAUAGACACUUUGAGGCUGCAGAAAAUAGUCUUGACGCCAAAAGAGUUUAUUAAACACAAGGUAUUCGACUAAGUAGCAGCCCUGCACAAGUAUGUGGAGAGAUUAUUGUUCUGAUGAUACUAAUGGGAGAUUGAACACAGAGCUACAGUCCUAGCAGAAAAAUAAGCAGAGUGCCAAGCAACCAGAUGUAUGGUAUUUUUAGAGCUGCCGUGGAUAGGGUUUUAAAAUAAAUGAAGUGCAUCCUGGCCAAAAAAGGAAGUGCUGCUCCGCUGUUUAUAUCAUGGGCCCCAGCACCUUUCUAAGCAGAGGGAAUUAGCCAAUGUACAGUCUGAUUGUCAGAAUAGUAUUGUCCAAAGUAAAGACACUACUUUUUAUAAAAAAUAGUAGGAGGCUGUUAUGACUAUAGCCUGUGAAUUCAUCACCCAUAUGUACAUUUAUAAUAUGUCUCCACAACAACUUCAGUUAUGCCCCAAAGACUGUAAUACUGAUACACAAUAUUCCUUUAUACCUUAUAUAAUGUGAUACGAAAAGCAUUCCUUGGUGGCCUAAAUCUUUUACCUGACUAUAAUGAUGGCCAUGUCUAAGCAGAGGCUCCACAGUGAGAAAAGAAGGAUCAGGUAGUAGCAAGAAGAUUCUUCAGAUUAUUGGAAAACCUUUUUGCUUGAUAUAAAACCUUUCUGUUCAUUUGAAGGCCUGAUUCACAGCCUUUCUUGGUCGCCCUUAUAAAGGGAAUUGUGGGUGUUAGACAACACUGGAAAAACAUUAUUCAGCUUCAUGUAACUUGGGAGGAUGUUAUAUAGGAACAUAUAAAAUCUGUUAAAAAUCACAAUGACAAUUAAUAAAACAUAGUCAUAAAAUUUAACAUUUAUAAUACAUGUUCAUACCCCUAUAGGAUCAUAGACUAAUAUUCUGGGGCACUCACCUCAGCCACAUAAAAAUGUACAUUACACAUUGCAAUGGUGAAGUGAUUCUGCACUAAGGGAUCAGGAUAACGUAGGUAUACAUAUGGAGGGAAUGGAUGGCAGAAAGAUUGUAAGAUUGAAAUGGAAUAAGUCAAGUAUGAUGGGAUGAGUAGCUCAUAGCUUCAGGGAAUAGGCUUGCCCUGCAAAAACAUCACAUCUGGGAAAAGUAUUAGUAUGCUUUGCAACAAGAAUCUGAUGCUAUUUCAGAAAAGCUUAGAUCUUUAUAUUUUUGUGAACAGUGUAUAUACACCAGAGGAAUGGGGCCAAAGUCCAGCCAGAGUUGCAGAGAGUCAACAUUAAGGUUGAGCCCAGGGUCUAUGAUCAUUGUAAAUCUCCCUAUGGUGUCCCAAGCUCUGCUCUGUUGGCAAACAAGGAAAACAAGAACCAAUCCAGGUUCAUGCUACAGUUAUAAAAGGGAAGGGCACAAAGGUCCGAACCCUCAUGUCCCAGGAUGGAUGUUGGUCUCACGAUUUGGGGCAAGGUGAGGACCUCAUUCGUAUUAUAUUUUUGAGGACACCUCUCCUCCAAAACUACAGAUGGUGAUUAUAUAGAAAAUGUUUGACAAGUUUAUAAUGGACACUAGAAAAAUAAUUAUUUAUAGGCCUAUAUUUAUGAAAUAUAUAGAAUGGAAGGACGGGUAGCAUUAAGAAACCCCUAUAUAUAGAUAUAUAGCUGACACAAAUAGUUGUGCAUUUAGCUUAUCAUUUAUAUUAUAUUCUGCUGAUGUUAGGGGGAGAAGAAAAGCACAGUUGGAUUUUUUUUUUUACUACUUACAGAUAUGACAAAUCUGUAUUUCUGAAACUGUUUUCACAAUGCUUAGCUUUUAUGAUAAUGUUAAUUUACUAGUUGGCUUGGAUGUCAUUUGGGUUUUUAAAGGGAAUUUGUCAUGUUGACAAUUCAGUUCAGUCACUGAACAAUAUGUUAUAGAGCAGAAGGAGCCAAACAAUUUGAUAUAUAAUUUAUUGUGAAAAAAUUAUGUAUUGUUUGAAUCAAUUAUUUUUCUGUGCUUAGGAGUCCAGUGGGCAGUCCUUCUUAGGGAUUUCCUUCCCUGUAUGGGUUUGCAUACUGGGCAGGACUGCUUACUGGAUUUUUAAACCCAAAAUAAAUAGAGGAUCCAAUAUCAGCAUUAAACAUUAAUCUGCUCAGAUCCUACUGCACUAUAAUAUGAUGCCUGCAGAUCAGGCUACAUUUUCAACCUGGUGGGCUCCGUUUAAUGGGUGUGCAGUGCUAUAAAUAGAAAUACCAGGGUAAGCUACAUGGAUGCUUUAUACUAGCACAGUAAUGCUACAGACAUCGCCAGACAUGACCAUCCUUAGUUUGGAACUACACAUGACUCCACUCGGCUGUCAAAGUUCCAAGUCUAAGACAUUAAAGUGUACCUGUCAGAUUUCACACAAAAAAAUUUAUGUUACUCAGUACCUAAUCCUGACCAUGUUCAUCAAAUUUUUAUGCCUCUAUCACCUAUAUUUAUUAUAGAAAAUACCUUGUUUUAUUAGUUCACAGUGUUAGAAAUCCUCUCAGGGGAAAUGAGGCAUGGCUCUCCCUUGUGGUGGUGGAAGGUGAUUGGUGUGUCUGCUCGUGCAGCCUUGUCCAUGAGUCAUCUCAUGUCCAUGACUCAUGGACAAGCCUGAUGAUGCUGCAGAACUGUUUAGUGUCCCAAUAGGUAUGGGGACCCCCUAGUGGUGAGAUUUUCACCAAUAGGUCUUUAAUUUUCACCAGUAACAACAUAUAAAACAUUUUUUAAUCUGACAGUGCCCAUUUAAAGGGGUACUCCGCCACAGACAUCUUAUCCCCUAUCCAAAGGAUAGUGGAUAAGAUGUUAGAUCAUGGGGGUCGCUCCACUAGGGACCCCCGCGAUCUCCGGGCCGACAGCGUACGGUACAUGGAAGCUUGCAGCUUCCAUGUUUGAGAAGUCACUCCAUGCCCCCACCAUUCACGUCUACGGGAGGAUACGGGACGGCUAGUACAGAGCCAUCAUGCCUCCUCUCAUAGACUUGAAUGGAGGGCUCAUGGCGGCCUGAAUCGCCAGCCAUUGGGCACGGAGUGGAGUUCUCUCCUUGACCCAAAUGACAGGACUCUUGCGAUCUAAUAUCUUAUCCCCUAUCCUUUGGAUAAGGAAUAAGAUGUGUGCAGCGGAGUACCCCUUUAAGUGCAAUUUCUGUAGCCACAAGAAACCACCCAUGUAGCUUAGACUAAAUGAUAUAUGAUGUAGAUAGGCCUUUAAAGUGGCUGCCUUGGUUUUCCAAGACAGUUUGUUGUGUUUCUGCCUAAUAUUUUCUGUUGUAGUUUAUUGCGAUACUAAAAUAUUUUGAACUGAAUAAAAUUAUUAUGACUGUUACAUAACUAUGUAUAAGAACACAAGAUGCACAAAGAGUGCCUUCUAGAGUUUUGAGGACAGCUGUAGUAAGAGAAUUGAAGAUUUUGAAAAUAUUUUGUGAUUUAUUUACAGUAUGUGUGUGUGGGAAUGGUUUAGUAUAUUUAGAGUUGGGUUAUCAUGCCAGAAUGGCAUUUUCACUAUAGUUUCUACAGUUAAGAGUUAAAGGCAGUGGUCUUGUCACGAGUAGUGCAGCUUUUUAUAAAAACGCUUGUGGAUAAAUAAGCAGAAAAGUCACAUUUUUUAGUAGUAACAAAUUCAGUUACUAUACCUGAGUACUGAUCUGAGUCCGAUUGGCCACAAUUAGGUGAUAAAAUUGGACAUCUCUAGUUGGUUUCUAUUGAAGCCAAGUUACUUGAUAAAUGGGGUCCAGGUGGAAUGGUGUGGAACCAUACACAAAGCAGGCUUUCCACUCUUGUAGAGUUGUUAGCAGUUUUGGGACAUGUGCCAAGCUAUGGACUAUUUUACUCUAGAAUUAUCAUAAUAUUGCACUCCAACAACUGCAUAUGUGAACUAUUUAAAAGAGCUUUUAUUGCGUUGAGAUAGAUUAAUAAGGCUCUUCUGACACUGUUCUCAGAGGCUCCAUAGAGCCACAGUCUGCAGUUCCAUGACACUUGACAGUAAAAAGAUGCAGUGCUAGUCUUGACAUCAAAAUACCAACAACACCCGAUGGACAUCACUAAGGUAUAACAUGGUCUAUCAGGGUUCUGUAUCGGUGUUCAGAUCUGGCAACACGUUAUUAUAAACAGAAGUCACUCAACAAAUGACCUACAGGAAGAAUAAAAGGUUUGGCAUUACUCUAGAAAGGCUCCAUUUAUAGCAAUGUGUGUCCUAAGGUCUCAAAUUCAUUCUAGUAAACUGAACACAACUGCUAAAAAAUUACUGUCUGCAUAGAAGCAACAGUAGAUCACUCACAACGUGUUCUUCAUAUGAAUGAGCCCUAAUAGUUGCACAACUGGUCCACAUUGGUCCAAAAGCUAGAGCAUAUUUUCUUAUUUAAUUAAUAGUCACGCUUUAUUUUUUAUUUACAUUUUUUUCUGGGAAACAUCUACAAGUAACACUUGCUGCCUCUUUGUUGAGCAAGAGAAAAAUAUACUACACUUUUCACCUGCCUAGACAUUGGCUCCAAUGCAAUUAGUUUUUUACAUGAAAAAAGCAAAACACAUUUUGUGAACUCUGGCUUCUUGUGAUGCAGAGUUGCCCAUUAUUUGCAGAACAAUUACUAUUACUUGUGGACGUCUUCAAUGUUUCCUAUUGGAAAAGCUAAAAGCAACCUUGUAAAAAGUCCAAAAAAAAAAAGGCUGUUAUGGUCUGACUUUUUGUGAUGGUUCUUUGCAUCUAUUUUUCCAGUUGGAAACAUAAAAGUCUUCUGCAAGUAUUACUAAUAAUUUGUUCUUACAGUGACUCUGUGUACUAUGAAGCCCUUGCCUUACACACCAGAUUAAAGGGGUACUCCGGCCCUGAGAGAUCUUAUCCAAAGGAUAGGGGAUAAGAUGUCUCACCACGGGGGUCCCGCCACUG